AUGUCCAAUUCAGUUGAUAAUGAUAUAAUCUCUGCUAUUUAUCGUUCUCACGAUCCAAUAAACAAUUUCAAGAUUAGAGUUAAAUUAGAACGAUUAACAUCCAAUGCGUUAUUACCCAGUCUACAUCGAUUAAAAAUCGAAGAUGAUUUGUCACGUUUACUUGGCGAUGAUGGUAAAAAGCUGGAAAAAGCGAAAGCCAGUCGGACAGAAACGGCUCAAGCAUUGAAUGAAACGAAAAGAUCCGAAUACGAAGAAGCUGUCAUUGGUUGGCAACAGAAACUAUUCAGUCGGUUCGAAUUCGAUACAUAUGGUAAAGGUGUUGGCGAAGGAAGUACUGCAUUGGAACGAAAGUAUUAUGAUGAUAUACAAAAGAUGAAAGCGAAUCACAAACAACCUGGCCGUAUUUUCACUUACAUCGAAGGCGAUCCUCACUGUUUUGCCAAUGAUUUGGAAUAUUUCGUUACUGAUUCACCAAACGAUGACCCAAGUCAACUAGCAUUGGCAGUAGAUAAUCUUCGACGACGUGGAACCAAUCGAUCACGUUUACAAAAAAACAAUCUGAUUAAUGAAAAACCAACACCUUCCGAACUUCGCGAAGAGCAUUAUGCUACUGUCCCACAUCAAACGAUGUACAUCAUGGCAGAUUUAAGUGACCGAAUCGAAGGCGCAUCAGCACAACUCGUUGUGAUACCUCAGCCACCAAACGAACAUGUUCUAUGUACGAUUCGUGUUUAUUCCAACGGCACACUUAUCUUAGAACCUGAUUUUAACAAUGGUAAAAUGGCAUAUAUUGUUGAAACGGGGAAUGUAAAUAAUGAAGUCUAUCAUUAUUAUUUGGAACAUGGCUCUACACCGAUCAAUAUGGAAGAUUUGAUCAAAGAACGCAAAUUAUUUCGUGAAGUUUGCUUACGACAACAAACUCAUCUUGCGCAAAUUGUUGGUAAUGAAUUCGAUUCGCCACCACCAGCUGUGCUGAAAUUGAAUGUUUUUGGAGAAAUUGUUAGUGGCAAAAAUUUUGAGUAUGACGAUAUUUACGUUUAUUACUGUUUGGAUUUGCCCGAUAAUUGGUAUGCUGAACCAACAAUGAUAUUCUCAGGUUAUACUCAUACAGCAAGUGCAACGAAAUCAACCAAACAUGAUGAUGUAGUGUAUUAUGCACAUCCAUUUGAAUUCGAGCUUUGGUAUAAACCGUCGCCGGGUUCAGCUGACCAUGAACUUCCUCGCAUGCCGAAGAUUUUCUUUCAAGUGGCUUCACAAGAUUCGUGGAGUCGCCAUCGAACCGAAGGAUACACAUAUAUAGACAUUCCUAGUUUACCAGGAUUUUAUGACGAGGAGGUCAGAUGUUGGCGACCACGUGGAGAUUCGAUAUUUAACGAACUUCGACGGUUUUACAUAGGUGGAUCAAAUGAAUUAGAAGAUAUUAGUUACGUAUCAAUUCCGAAACAGUUUGAGAGUGAAAAGAGCAACACUCCAUUGAGUCGAUAUGGCUUUCGUACGGUAACAACGGGAUCGUUGAAUGUUCGCUUGAACGUUGUUUUUCAAUCACAAAGUAUUGCUGUUGAACAUGCCAAACAUCGCACGGCGUAUGCCGCAAAUCGUUAUGGAUUUGAUGCGUUCAUGUCCAAUAUCAACAGUGUUAUUGAUGCAUUCCAACAAGCGAAAAAACGUGCACUAGAAGUCCGAGAAUCAACAUUACAAUUAUUGACGCCGAAAGCACCUGCAUUCGAAUAA